GCGGCCGUGGCACGACACACACAUCUUGAUCGCGGGUAAGCGCGCGCGAUGACGGCGACGGGCAGCGAGCCUUUCCCGGCGGUGGACAAGUGCGACGCGUCGUCCCUCGGGGCUCGGGCGACGGUCGUGUCGGACCUCGACGGCACGCUGCUCCGGUCGCGGAGCGCCUUCCCCUACUACGCGCUCGUCGCCUUCGAGACCGGCGGCGUGCCGCGCCUCGCGCUCCUGCUGCUCCUCGCGCCGCUGGCCGCCGCGCUGUACCACGCGGUGUCGGAGCCCGCGGGCGUGCGGGUGCUGGUCUUCGCGGCCACCGCGGGCGCGCGCGUGGCGGACAUCGAGUCCGCGGCGCGCGCCGUGCUGCCCAGGUUCUACGCCGCGGACGUGCACCCGGCAGCGUGGCGCGUGCUCGCGGCGUGCGGGCGGCGGCUGGUGGUCACCGCGACCCCGCGGGUGAUGGCGGAGCCAUUCCUGCGGGACCACCUCGGCGCGGACGCCGUCGCCGGCACGGAGCUUGCGACGUGGCGAGGGCGCACCACGGGCUGGGUGGACGCGCGCCGGGGCGUGCUCGUCGGCGAGAGGAAGGCUGAGGCGCUGAGGGAGAUGGUCGGCGACGGUGAGAUGCCGGACGUCGGGCUGGGCGAUCGGAGGUCGGACUACGCCUUCAUGAGCCUUUGCAAGGAGGCCUACCUCGUGCCGCGGACGCCGGUGGAGGCCGUGCGCGUGGACAAGCUGCAUAAGCGGGUCAUCUUCCACGACGGCCGCCUCAUCCAGCGUCCGACCCCGCUCAUCGCGCUGCUCACCGUGGUGUGGUUCCCCAUCGGCCUCCUGCUAUCGUGCAUCCGCGUGGCCGCGGGGGUGCUCCUCCCGAUGCCGUGGCUCCACCACGCCUUCCGGGUGUUGGGCGUGCGCGUCGUCGUGCAGGGCGCGCCCCCGCCGCGCACCGGCCGUGCCACGGGGCGCACGGGCGUGCUCUUCGUCUGCUGCCACCGCACGCUCCUCGAUGCCAUUUUCCUCUCUAUCGCGCUCGGGCGUCCUGUGGCCGCUGUCACCUACUCUCUCUCCCGCCUCUCGGAGUUCCUGUCCCCCAUCCGUACCGUGCGGCUCACCCGCGACCGCGCCACCGACGCAGCCACAAUCAAGAACGUGCUCGCCAAGGGCGACCUCGCUAUAUGCCCCGAGGGGACGACCUGCCGGGAGCCUUUCUUGCUGCGGUUCUCGUCGCUCUUCGCCGAGCUCACCGAUGACAUUGUGCCGGUGGCGAUGGAGUGCCGCAUGAGUAUGUUUCACGGCACGACGGCGAGGGGAUGGAAGGGCAUGGACCCUUUCUACUUCUUCAUGAACCCACGCCCGGUGUACACGGUCACGUUCCUCAACAAGUUGCCCGUCGAGCUCACCCACGGCGGUGGCAAGUCCAGCCACGAGGUCGCCAACUACACACAGAUGCUUAUAGCCUCCACACUUUCGUACGAGUGCACUGGCUUCACCAGGAAGGACAAGUACCGGGAGCUCGCCGGAAACGACGGCGUAGUCCCCUUAAACACGGCGAAGAAUCGCAUCGGUUGGUAUAGAGAGAAAUAUCCUUAGUGAUUUUGUAAUUUCACUGCCGUAAGUUGGACAAUAAUCUGCCUUGGGGGAUAACAAUGGAGAGCCGGAUACAGCAUGACGUACUCCUUUUGUGAAGAACGAUGGAAAAGGCAAAUCAUUUGGGUGUUACAGCAACUUUUCUUUAUUUGCAUUUUCGCAAAAAAAAUAUUUUCUUUAUUUUGAUCGGUCA